AUUGUGUAGUUUGAAUAGUGAGGAGCUGCAGUGAGUGAAAAUAUUUAAAAAUUUAUUAAAAAGAAAAAUAAGAUAUCUUUUCAAGAAUUUGUGAAAGGAUUAACGCAUAGGAAAAAACAUCGUUUAUUUACAGAUUUACAAUAAUAAAGUUUUCUCUUGUAUUCUGUAACUAAAAACAAAAAGCAAAUAUGUCUGACCGCAAAGCUGUUAUUAAGAAUGCUGAUAUGAGCGAGGAAAUGCAACAGGAUGCAGUUGAUUGUGCGACACAGGCUUUGGAAAAAUACAAUAUCGAAAAGGAUAUUGCAGCCUACAUUAAAAAGGAGUUCGAUAAGAAGUACAAUCCUACAUGGCAUUGCAUUGUUGGCCGAAACUUUGGCUCCUAUGUCACCCACGAGACUCGCCAUUUCAUUUAUUUCUACCUGGGUCAAGUGGCGAUUUUGCUCUUCAAGAGCGGUUAAAAAUCUCCAAACAACAUGAAGCUAUUUAAUUAUUACAAAAAAAAACAAACAAAACUACACAAUAAAACAAACAUACGCAAUACACAAAUACACAAUGCAGCAUUCAGAAACAAACAAACGACCAUGCCGUUUAUUUAUUUUUCAACCGUUUUAAAACAAGAAUCCUCAAAACAAAAAUUUUAUUUUAUUACAAGAAAAAAGGAUACUCAAAGGAAAGUAGUUAUUGUAGUUAUUGAAAAAAUUCAAAACAAGAACCGAAUGGAAAGGCAGCAGAAGAUAAUAGCAGGAGGUGACGACCAAACAGUAGCAGCAACAA